AGCACUGCAGUGCCAGAAAACAGGUCCUCUGCAGAGUCGGUGGCUUCAAUUGGCACCACGACAGCCGCUGUUGGCACCACUGAGGAAACCUCCGUCCAGAGUCCAACCACUCCCUCCCUCGGCCAAUCUUCUGCCACGCCAUCGGAGGCAACCUCACUGCAAGAGAGCACAACCCCACGCCCGCAUUCCGGCUCUUCCACGACCGAACCGGAGCUGAGCUCUGCUAGAGGAACCACCCUUCCCAGGCCAACUUCUGUCUCUUCUACUCACCACUCUUCGCUUGCCCCUACCGAGGAGACCACCGUUGCCUUCCGGGACACCAGUACUUCGGCUGAGGUCGAAGGAACUGCGGCUGAGUUCAGCAGCCCGCCACUCUCUUCGGCAACAUUUCCUACUGCUGUGCAGUCGAGGACCUCGACUCUUGAGGUGACUGCUUCCACACCAAAGAGCCCGCCUUCCAUGGUGGAGACCGGUGUGACGUCUCUUGAAAGUCAAACCACGCCAACCAUCAGCAAGGGUUCUUCCACGAAGGCUGAGCUGACCUCAGCAGAAGCGACCGGAACACCCUCUCCAGCAUCUGAGUCUCCCCUGCCCACGUCGCUUUCCAUGCAGACUGUAUCCUCUCGGGCUCGGGCCUCGUCGCCAUCAACCCCUCCGGAGACCACCGUUGCGUCCCAAAGCACAAGUUCUUCUACUCGGGCAGAAUCCAUCACAGCCGAAGGAGGCAGCACGUCUUCGCUCCUUUCUGCACGCUCAAGCACUGCAGUGCCAGAAAGCAGGUCCUCUGCAGAGUUGGUGGCUUCAAUUGGCACCACGACGGCCGCUGUUGGCACCACUGAGGAAACCUCCGUCCAGCGUCCAACCACUCCCUCUCUCACUGAAUCCUCUCUUGCCCCUAGUGAUAUUCAUGCUGUCCUCAUAAGUAAAGCCGGUUUGAGAGCUCUUUUGCUGUCUUUUCUUUGGAGUUUUGGCGAAAUUUGA